CGCACGAUCGGGCAGCAACUGAACCAACCAACCAACCAACCGCUUGCCUCUUCCACCCCACGACUCUUCUCCUUCUCCAUCUUUACUCACUCCGUCGUCGACUCUUUCGUCGCCGUCGCCUCCGCCUCAUAUAUUACCCGCUGCGUGCCGUCUGCCCUCACAUUCACACACACUCGCCCGCGGACAAGCCAACUCUUGCGCUCCCCCCUCCCACAGCAGGCCAGCACUGCGGCAGCGCCAAGAGCCAGCGUCCGUCCAUGGCGCCUCUGCUCCUGCUCUUCCUCCUCGGCGGCCUCUGCGCCCUCUUCUCCCUCGCCUCCUCCUCCUCGCGCGGCGCCAAGAAGUGCUGCGACGCCGACGGCGAGAAGGCCAAGAGCCACAACCGCGGGGAGCAGGGAGAGAAGGCCAGCGGCAAGGUGGAGGAGAGGGCGGCGCCGGCGGACCGGGAGGCGGACCUGGGGAUCGUGUUCUCCACGUUCGACCACGACGGCGACGGCUUCAUCACGGCGGGCGAGCUGGAGGAGUCGCUGAAGCGGCUGGGCAUCGCGGUCUCCGCCGCCGAGGCCGCCGCCAUGGUGGCGCGCGUCGACGCCAACAGCGACGGCCUCAUCGACAUCCACGAGUUCCGCGAGCUCUACGACUCCAUCCCCAAGAAGCGCAAGGCCUCGCUCCUGCCCCCCUCCGCCGGCGCCGAGGCCGGGGCUGAGGAGGAGGAGGAGGACGAGGAGGGGGAGGAGAUGGACCUCAAGGAGGCGUUCGACGUGUUCGACGGCAACAAGGACGGCCUCAUCUCCGCCGAGGAGCUGGGCACCGUGCUGGGCUCCCUCGGCCUGCGCGGCCGCCCCGCCGCCGCCGAGUGCCGCGACAUGAUACGCCUCGUCGACAGCGACGGCGACGGCAUGGUCAACUUCGAGGAGUUCAAGCGCAUGAUGGCCGUCGUCAAGGCCUAGCCCCGCCCCCACCUCCACUCCACCCUCCUAUUCUCCCCUCCCUUCCCCCAGAGAUCAAAAUUUUUGUUCUUGGAUUCUGCGAAUCCGAGCGACGUUGUUGGUGAUCUGCUCUGCUCUUGGACUGGAUCCGAAGAUCAGGCGACGAAGAACCCACUAAUAAACCAGUUUAUUACGGGAGAGGGGGCUGGCCGGAAGCUAAAUCAGCUUCCCGCUCCGGCCGUGUGUUCUCCCCUCCCCUGUUCUUGCUGAUCAGCUUCGUUUCUCUUCUCCUCUCCUCUGCUGUGUUACUGACAAGUACUCUAUCAAGUAUGCAUGUAAAUAUUAUUUCUUGGUCGGCUGGUGAAAAUGAAGAUCUCAAAUGCAUAAGAAUUAAGAA